CGCAUAAUUAUCGUAAUCAGCAAAGAGGCAUCCGAGCGCAGUCGCGCAUAUCAUUAUCAAUCCAUUUAGUUUAUGGAAGGGAUAUUGGCGUUCGAUUAAUGAUCGAAUGAGAUUUUGGUUGUUUGGUUGAAGGAUAAUUGCAAUUUUCUCUCUCUCUCUCUCUCUCUCUCUCCCCCUCCCCCCCAGUCUCCCUUCACUUUUUAAUUAUUACGCAUAAUGAUAUUGCGACAACGGGAAGAGAGUGUGGGCUUUGAGUGACAGGAGAGACAGCAGGGGAUGCGCACUUGCCUUUGAAUGAGCGAUCAUAUGCAGUCGCCUGUCUCAAACAACCACAGUCCGCGUACUCCAAGUGGACCCUUUCACACUAUGGGCGCCAACGGAGCCGACUUCACGCCCGCAGGCUUCAACGGCAACCAUGUCCGUACAAAGACAGAGUCAGAUCUUGUAGGAUCAUCACUGGAUGUCUUUUCAAAGCCAUAUCAUCAUCAGCAAACCCAUCACCACAUGCAUUCGCAACAGGGAUACCAUGGUAUGACCCACUUUGGCGGACCACAGCACCAUCACAACUCACAUGCUUAUAGUCCUCAGCAUGCGACCUUUCCUCCCAAUUUUUCGUAUGGCUCUGUCCCAAACAGCAACGGUAGCUCGGUCACUAACCCUCAAGACCAGAGCUCGACCACGCCCCCACCUAUCCGGUAUCUGUCUCGAGGUCAACAGCAACAGCAACCUUUCAUGUCGUACCCCUCCACUACUCAGGGUCAGUCACCACAAUCCUCACAAACGUCUCAACAGCAACGCCAUAGCAUCUCACCUGGGCAGUACGGCGCAGGCUCGCCUGCCAUGAUGAUGCCAAACUCCGGUAGCAACGGUCACAUUCAAACACAUGAUUUUAAUCUCCAGAUGGGUUACCAUUCGCCUGUGACAACGAGCCCCAGCACAUUUAAUGGUCUUUCUGGUGGUUCUCCUCAAUCAAGCCAUCCUCAGCCAUCACAUCAUCAUCAUACUUCUCUUCCACCUACGACACAAGGGUGGAGCGACUUUGGUUAUUCUUCUUAUCCCACAGGUCCCAUCUCUGACCAUCAUGAGCAGCACAAUCACGGUAGCGCAUCGCCUUAAGUGACAAUUGGGUUUGAUGAGAGCAUCAGAUGAAGUCGAUGAAAAGGCCAAUGGUAGAACGGGACACGUGCAUAUGAGCGUUUUUGUGGAUAGACUUUUUUUUUAUUUUCCUUCUCUUAGGAAUCGAAAUGUAUUAGUUUGUCUUUUUGUUUGCUAUUUCUUUAUUAUCAUAGAUCCCUUGAGCUUUUCUGUCAACAGAAAGAACAAGGAGCAAGUGUUUUUCAUUAUCAUCAUUUUCUUUUAUUUUUUUUUUUUUUUCUUUUCUUUUCGUUUAUAGUUGUUUUCUUCACGCUUUGAG